AUGGAGGAUAAAUAUAUUGGAUUGGUCCUUGCGAUCACUUCUUCGCUCGCGAUUGGCAGCUCUUUCAUUCUCACGAAAAUGGGCUUGAACGCAGCAUCAGAACAGAAUAACUUCGAAGGUGCAGGCUACGAGUACCUGAAAAAUCCAAUCUGGUGGGGAGGAAUGGCCACCAUGGCUAUCGGGGAGGUGGCAAAUUUUGCUGCCUACACGUUUGCGCCUGCCAUCAUGGUAACACCAUUGGGAGCACUGUCUGUUAUCAUCGGGGCGAUUUUGGCAGCAGUCUUUUUAAAAGAGGAGUUGGGAACCUUGGGCAAGCUCGGAUGUACCGUGUGCUUGCUGGGAUCCGUCAUCAUCAUUUUACAUGCUCCCUCAGAUACGGAUAUUCAAACUGUGGAUGAAAUUCUCGGAUAUGCUAUGCAACCUGCAUUUCUCUGCUAUAUACUGUCCGUUGCCGUUUUCACGGCUUUCAUGAUCACUAAAGUGGUCCCCACACAUGGCACGAAAAACCCCAUGGUUUACAUUUCGAUCUGCUCUACAGUAGGAUCGAUUUCUGUGAUGUCAAUCAAAGCAUUUGGGAUAGCCUUAAAACUAACUUUAAGUGGAAACAACCAGUUUACGCAUUUUUCCACCUAUAUUUUCAUCGUCGUUGUAGCGGUUUGCAUCAUGACACAAAUGAAUUAUUUCAACAAGGCCCUUGAUCAGUUCGAUACUUCCAUUGUCAACCCUCUGUACUAUGUUACAUUCACGACUGCAACUCUUGUUGCGUCUUUCAUUCUGUUCCGCAAUUUCGAUCAAAGCGAUCAGAAGGAUUCGGUGUCGUUGGUAUGCGGGUUCAUUAUCAUUUUCACUGGAGUUUAUCUUUUGAAUCUGGCCAGGAAGAAAAACCACGACAAGCUAUUCAGUCAUCAGUCAGACGUUGAAAAUAUCCCGUUGGAUAACAACGUCGGCGGUUUCACGGUAAGAAAAUCUUUCCAAGGAACACACCAUAGGGUAGCGUCUCAAUCAUACCAAAGCGAAGAAAUGGUCCAUCUAACGAGAGAUGACCCAGACCUCGAUAGAUUCAAGGUUUGA